UUGCCUUUCUGUUUACGGCCUGCCGUUUAUUCGUGUUUCUGAAGUCGACCGCGAACGUGCAUCGAGAGCGUACGCGCGUAGUGAGUAGAAAAGGCAACGCGCUUCCAUGCGAGUGAGAUCGAUUGUGAGAAGGUUGGUAUCGCACGGACGCGAAAAAUAUGCAAAGUUCGGAUCACCUUUUUGUGGUACGCAUUCCAAUUGUUUUGUUUUUUUUUUAUUCUGGUGAUGUAAACGGAAGUGAAGUGUUUUCGGCGUAAUUACCUGGAAGAAGCAACUGCUGCUCACACUGAGUCAACCGUUUCGGAUUAUAUCGUUUCGGUAGCUGGCAGGACCGUCGUGCUGGGGAAUUUAAUUGAAAAAUCGAUGUGUCAUCAUUAAGUCGCGAUCGCGUGAAGGAAUGUGUGUUUGCCAAUUUCCAUCCGAUUUGCAGUGCGCAAAGGUGAAUAUCGCUGUUCGCUGCCGGGUGGUUAGCGAGCGGCCUACUUUGUAUGCGAACGCCGGGAAUCAGUGCUGCAGUGGAGCAGGAAGAGAGCGAGAAAUCACAACGUGCGGCUAGUGUUACGGAAAGUGCCAAAGCAAGCGUUUUAAAAAGCUGAAAAAAAUUGUGAAGUAACUCGCGAAAAAAGCUGCCCAAUUUGACAGCUAUUAGCGAAUUUUGGCGCACGGUCACGUCUAGUGUUUUGUUUUCUUUUGCCUGAUUGUGCUACUUUUUGUUUUAUUUUUUACUCACGUGCGCUUGUGUGUUUACGUUAAUGUGGUGCGUUUGUUUCCUUUUUCGCUGUGGUCUUUAUUGCAACGCUAUUAUGCUUAUGCUGCUCGGUGCUGCUGAUCGUAAGCCCGCUUUUAUGACAUAACGAAUUUGCCGAUUCGUUCAGAUAGAAUUCGAUCGAGGGAAAACAGUUUGGUCGAAAACAGAUUGAAUCGAAAUCUGGCAAAAAGGAAACCAUCCAUCCCGAAAGUCCCGGACGCGUUACCUGCGAGAUAACGUUACUUUACUUCUUCUUCGGUGGAUCUGGUGCUACCUGUUUGCUGUUCUCUGCUGGGAUAUAAUCCCGGGGCAACCAUUCUUCCAUUCGGUCACAGAUCAUUCAACCAACGAGCGAGGAAGCUUUGGGACACAACAACAACAACCAUCGAAACAACCGUAAUCUUCUUAAAGGUUCCCAAAAAAGGGCGAAAAAUAAGACAAGAUGUCACGUUCCAACUUUGCGCGCUCUCAAAGCAAAGUUUGGUUUGGCAAUGAACCGGACUGCGUACCGUACGGGGGAUUCCGGCCUUACGGAUACCAGCUUCACAGUGGACCAAUGUCGCGACCCUCAUAUCCCGCCUUCGACGAUCUCGAGGAGGAGGACGAGCUGAUCGAGGAACAGGCAACGAACGCGAAAAACAUCACCAAUUCUACCAGCUGGGCUGAAACAAACCGCCAGGGAAGCCCGGCCAGUCACAAAAGUCAAGACUCGGGGUUUUCGGACACGGAAACGUCCCUUAAUGCGGGCCGUGGCAGCCUGGCGAAACGAGGCAACAUAAAUGAUAGCCAGUCGUCUUCCGCUGAAAAGCUUACACCAAAGAGAAGCGUCAAUGAGGAAUUGUUUGCACGGUCACCUUCACUGAACAGCAGUGCACCGACACCUCCAACAGUCAUCCGGAGGCCUGCACCGUUGCCGGUUUGUGAGAUUGAUGGGGCUACGGCUACGGCAGGACGUCGUCUAUCGUACGGUGAUCUAACCGAAACGCAAGGAUCUGAAAGUCCUCGGAGCGUGUCCUUGAAGAGGGGACGUGUUAUUACGAAAAACAGCCGAGUAAAGCGCAAUCUCAGUGAGCAGUUGAGUAAUUCUGGCGAGGAGAUGAUCUCAUUGGAUAGCAGUGAGCUGUCGAAUAUUCUUAAUCGAACGAUACACGACGAAGGUGCGGAACCUGUGUCCGAAUCGGAUGCAAAUAACAAUGCUGUCAAGGGCGAUGCUGUAGAGCUACCAAAGUAUUCCGAACUUUAUCCGACCCGCGGUACGUCGACACCCAUUCGUGGACAGGCGAAACUAUAUCGAUCGUUACCAAUUUCUCCGGGUCAGCGGGCACCACCGGUACGACCGAUUGUGGCACCUUCGGGGACGGAUAAUUUCUACGAAGAACCCACCAACACCACUUCCAGCACCGUGAGUGAUCAUGGGCUGUACUACACGAUCUACGACAAUCCGCUACUUAAUGGACAUCAGCCAGCUGUUCAAGGGUGGCUCGAUGGAUUACGGUUCUCGUGCCAAAGUGAGGUGAUGUCGAUACUGCAAACCAAAUCCAUAGCGACCGAAGCGGGACGAUCGCUAAAACUUACGUCAACGGUGGCGGUAAAGAUAUUGCGCCAUUUGCAGGGCAAAGUGGCCACACUGCAGGGUACGUUCGAGCGGGUGGAGAAAAUGUUUGCCGCCAUCAGGAAGUACCAAACGCAGCAGGAUAAGGAUGGGGAAUAUGAAGAGGACGAAGAGGACGAAAAGGAGAUCUACCAGAAGGUGGCUCCUUUCGUGCAUGGACUUGCGACCGAUAUUGAUGCGUUCUUGCGCAAACAGCAAGGUACGGAUUAUUUCGGGCGUGAAGCUUCCGAACGUGAAGAUCGUAGGAAGUUUGCCGAGAAUGCCCGCGCACUGGCGGAUAUGUUGGGAGAUUUGCGAGCAGCUACUUCAAGUACGGACACGUUCGAUUACCGGUCCGUAGAGGAGGAGAUACAGAUCGUGAAGCGGUACUUCCUCAUUACGGUGCGACUGAUCUUCAAACAUCUGGUGCGAGUCAUCGUAGAUGCAGUAGAAGGUGCACGGUGUGAAUUGAUUCUACGCUCCAAUCUCAGCUACGUCGCAAGUCUCUCCAAUUUGGACUACGGUGGGCUAGCGUCACUGAACGAUGCGUUCAUAGCGAAUGGUACGGUUCGUGUGUUGCUGCUGGUGUGCGUUGAAUCGAAGCUUUCAACUGUACGUGCACUUGCCCUGCGGGCAUUGGCGACCGUCUGUUCGACGACGGAAACAAUCCGCCAGCUGGAACGUGCCGAUGGUUUGGAGGUACUGCGGGACAUCCUAGCAGCGGGUGAUACGGAUCGGACCGAACCGGAACUUCGGGAGGCAGUGUCGGUGUUGACGCAGAUUAGCGCACCCUGGCACGGUGAGGAGCAUCGGCUCGAGGGACUGAAACAGUACGUCCAUGCCAUCGUCGAAGCAAUCACCGAGAUCAUCGAGAAGACAAACUGCUGCCAAACGUUGCUGCUCUGUUCGGCCAGCCUGAACAACAUGACGCGCAUUGAACCGACGGCAGUAUACUCGGUGAUGUCACAGGAUGCGGUCGACAAGCUGAGAAUGGCGACCGAACAGCGUGGCCCCGGUGCAUCAAUCUUUCUCUACGAACAAUUCACCUCGACACUGUACAACAUGUCGGCUAACUGGAAGUGCCAUCAUCAUCUCGCCAACCGGUCCCUGCUCACCUUCGUGGUCACGGUGCUCAGUCAAAAGUUCCACGAACAGCUGCCGAGCGGCGUAGAGUCGGAGGCACAGCGCAAGACGAUACGCAACAUCCUUCACGUGCUGUCGCGGUUACUGUCCGGUGGAAGCCUAUCGUCUGGCCCGUCACUCGAACUAAUCGAGACAACGAUUGGCCCCGUGUUGGCACGCAUCGAACGAACGCUGGACGGGAGAAGUGAACAUUAUCAGGACAUUUCGUACGUCAGUCGACGGUGUAGCGAAAGUCUUACGACACGGCCUCAACCACAACACCCGAAGGAUGUCGCAGAUGAAGGAGUGCAAAGGCCCGCUCCCGUAGCGCCUCACAUUACCCGCCUUACCAUCCAUCGAGAUCCGGUGAAUGGGCCGGUGAUGGUACUGGACAAAAACCGACAGGAAAGCUACGUCUGAAGCGAUUGAAUUAUUACAUCAGGCCUGUGUAGCCGAGCUACCCAUGGGAGGGGAAGGGAAGGGAGGGAUGAAAAAAAGCCCCAAGAAAUGUCUGUGCCAUAUAGCGAAUGAAUCGUUUUCCGAAAACGAAGCUGAACGAUUCCUUUCAAAGUGCCUUCGAAGAGGCCAUUACAGGGGAUGGGAAAUGGAAACGAAAAUGAAGUGCUUAGAAACACCUAAAGGACAUCGCGUGUAACGAUGUUGGACGCGAGACCGUAUUUAUCUGUAUGUAUGUAUAGUUUGUUUUUGUAUGUGUGUACGUGACACCAGAAGAUUUAAUAUAUUCGAAAGCUCAAUGCUGUAAUUUAUCUCCGAAUACUGUAGCUCGUAAGACAGCAAACUAUUACCAAGCGUAUGUGUAAUAAUGUGUAUAUAGGUACAUAUGUGAGAGCCAAAACGAAUACACCAUCAACGAAAGAUACGAUGAACUAAACGAACGAAAUGAGAAUAAAAAGAAAAUGUCACCAUUCGAAA